CACUUCCCGGAAUGCCGGUCACCAGCGGGGCGGUGCGCGAUCGGCGCUCCCUUCCCUCCCCUCACCCUCACCCUCCAGCCUGUACUGCUUUUCCACCAUCGCUCACACACGCCCACCUUAAGUACAUCUGAACCCCGGGCUUAAAGUGCCGCAUCAUCGCCCAACUCGUGGUCCGGAGUCUUUAAAGAUGUUCGCUAAAGCCACCAGAAAGUUCGUCAGAGAGAUCGACCCUGAUGGCUGUCUGAUCCCCGUUUCCCGACUCAAUGACUCGGACAAGCUGCUUCUCCUUUCAAUAGUUGUGAAGUCGAAGCCUGUUUGGUUCUGGAAGCCACCAAAAUAUAUACCAUCGGACUUCACUCUGAGUGACGUGUUACUGGGAGACAAGGAAAUUAAGGCAGACGCACAGGAAUCCGAAUUCCUGAAGUAUGAGGGGAUGUAUGGAGAUAUCAAGAUAGGGAAGUUGGAUGCAGAAGUGAGUCCGGUGAACUUAAACUUGGAGGGAGAGACAUCCUCCAUGCUGCAGUCCUCCUUUGGCACCCUGAAGAAACAAGAGGUGGAUGUUCAGAAGCUUCUGGAGGAGUCCAAGGACAGACUUAUGAAUUUGGAGCACUGCUUGAUUAAGCAGAUCAGGGAACAGCAAAAGGAAGCGUUUGGAGUGGUGAAGGAGAGGAUUUUGACCACUGAGCAGUGCACCAUCUACGAGCAGGUCCAGGAGCAGGGAGACUGCGCUACAGCCCUGGGAUUCCGGAAGCACAAGAUACAGGUUUCGGUGAAGAACAGUGGAAGCCUGUACAUGGACAGCAAAGUGUCCCUGGAGAUUCCUCCUCAGACCGUCCUCGCCUACAGCAUCAUCGAGCUUGAAGUGAAAGCCCACGGGAAGUAUGACCUCUGCCUGCUGCCUCAAGUCCAGGGUGGGUUUGAAGUGGAUUCCAGCAGUGGAGCCCGAGUUGCGGCUGGGGGACCGACUGCGGAGGAAUUUAAGGACCCACAGAAUCCCGAGGGGGCGGCACUUCAGGUUCUACUGAAAGAGUUGAAGGGGCUGAAUGUCCAUUUCCAGCAGCUGGCGGUGAUUCCAGCUCAUAUCAGAUGCAGACUGUUUGAGUUCCUGAAGGAGAUGGUGCUGGAUAGAGCAGCCAUCACCUGGCUGGGGGACGUGUUGGAUCGGCAUCACCGCGGCGAGGUGAUUGGCUGGGGGCAGCUGGAGGAGGGGCUUCCGCUGAAGCGGACGGCCCAAUCAGUUGUGGACCUCCUGAAGGGUGAGGGAGAGACCGCCGGGGAAGUGUCUGGCUCCUCCCCCUUGCUGGCCGUUCACAUGCUGGUCAGCGCGAUCGAAGAAAUGACUGACGCUGCUUUGGCAGCUAUUGGAGACUGUUGCACUCCAUCUGUCCUACAGGUUUUGCAGCAUUUGGUAGAAAGUUUCGAAGAGGGCGAUGAAGGCCAAGUGAAGGAUGAAGGCCUCGCCACUCUACUGGGCGAUGGUGCCUUCCAGAGCGCGGCGUGGCUCUGUCGCCAUUGCAGAGUGACCCUGCACGGAGAGGGGGGUGCUGUACGAGGGGACGUGGGCCAAAGUCCCGGGUUCGGCCCCCUGGUCCUGUGCAUUGUGGUCCGCGGGCUCGCCUGCCUGUCCGCACCGUGAAUGAGUGCAGCCGGUUGGGAGGCUGGUCGAGUGUAUCGGAUAUGAAGUUUAACGUUUACGUUAUCCCUGAAGAUUUUGGGCCAUUUUAUCCCAUUAUUUGAAUUCCCGUAUCACACGCUCAGUAUGAAAACCCGUAUCGGGUAUCGGAGUGAAGCAGCCAUGUGUGACAAGUGCCAUCCAAGCUCAGCUGAGCCACGAGAUGGAAAAUUCAGAAUUAGCGCAAAUAAUAAGCUAGAAGCUAGGGGGCAGCACUGUGUUCGAUUUCAGAUUAUUAACAAAUGUUUUUUAAAAAAAAAAAAAUCCAGCAUGGAUUGUUAGUUCAAACCACCAUUUGCCAUCAGAAAUGUUUCAAAUCUUCCUCGCCUCCCUCCAUUUUCUCUGUACUGGUAAAGUACAUCCAUUGCUGUUAAAGGAAUUUUGCUAGUAUUAUUGAUCCCCGGAGAAAUUCUGUCUAAGGUUUUUGGUUUUUUUCUUUUAAAAAAAGAACUAGCGAUGGACUAAAUCUGAUGAAAGACAAAGAGGCAAACUAGGGCCCGGAGGGAGUCCCUGAAAGGAACAGUGGCAGAGAUUUUUGUGUGACGGAUCCAGGCCAGCCUGCGCCCCCCCCCCCCGCGGUUAGCAGCUUGAAGCCAUUUUAGGGGGAAACUGUAUAAAAAAUAAAUGAAAUAAAUCUGAAGCAAA